AUGGUUUGGGUCCCGACUCCACAAAAAAGAAAAUGGACCGUGGAUGAAUUCCUGGAGGACGAGCACCUCAGCCCAGCACCAUCCAUCGGCUCAGAGUGCUCCCUUAGCCCUGUGUAUGCUGAGCCUCUGACAAGAUUUGGGACGGCCGUCUCACCUAUAAUGAGCCCUGAUGGGAGGUCACUGUCUUCCUCACCCUUCACUCCAUCUCCUCCCCCACCGCCCCCCAGAAGAAGAGCAUCCCGGAUCCCUCUGCUGAUAGUGAAAAACAACAGAGAUGUCAAAGAAGUCGCCAAUGGAUGUCGGCUUCAGACAGCAGAGGCUCAGUUUGGGGCGUUUGAGAAGAGACUGAGGGGCCUACAGUGGCAACUGCUGGCUCCGGUGCCAGAACAUCCUGAGACUCCUAGAGAGAUUCCUGCACUGGAAAAGAAGCCACCACUUUUUAAACCCAGCCCUCCUCCGAAGAAAACCACUUCUCAAACAACAGUGCGUACAAGGAAAACAACAAGGACCAACGUGAUGAAAAAGACGCAGACAGUCAAGAUGCAAGAAAGUAAAGAUCAGGAGGAGCUGGAGCCGCUGACUAAACCUGCAGCCAGUCUGUCUGAGUUCUUUGCUCAGAUCGUUUCAGAAGAAUGGGAAAAGAAGAUUGAAGCGCUGCGCUGGGUCCGUGCUCUGGCCCAGCACCAUCAAAAUGUUCUGCUGGGCAAACUACAUGAAGUGUGUCUGGCUGUUAUGGAAGAGGUUCACAAUUUGCGUUCGUCUGUGGCCUGUGCAGCCAUAGACACCAUGGCGUCCCUUUAUACCAACCUGCAAAAGAACAUGGACAAUGAAGUGGAGAGGACCGGCCGCUGUCUGAUUCUGAGGAUUGCACAAGCGACUGUGAAUACCUUUGUGCAGCAGCAGGUCAACUUGGCCCUGGCGGCCCUGGUGCACAACUGCAGUCCAGGCCGCGUGCUGACUGUUCUCCUCCACAUAGGAGUGGGGCAUCUGAGUCCAGCAGUGAGGGCCAGCACAGGUCAACAGCUCCAACUGAUGGCUGACAAAAUGGGAGCAGAAGCCGUUUUAACUACAGGACAGAGCUUCACACCACGUUUCCUCACAGCAGUGAGCAAACUUUCAGUGGAUGCUGCAGCUGAAGUCAGGUGUCGUGGCCAGGCCGCCAUCCAAAUACUGGCCAAGCACCAAGACUUCAUGAAGCUGUGGCUCCAGAGCGUUCAUGAAAAAGACCAGCGCUUUCUGCAAAAGAUCGUGAUGAAUGCCUGCAGAAAGUAG